AUGGAUCGCGCAUGUGGGUCUGUGACUCAUCCUCCAUUUCUUGAUGAGAAUACUAACUAUGGGGCUUGGAAAGCCAAGAUGAAAUAUUUUCUGUGGGCUCAAGGUACAAAGGUGUGGACAACUAUUGAGAAUGGUUGGGAACCUCCAACAAAGGAAAUUAAAGGGCGUGGAAAAGAGGUUGAAGGUGAAGGCCAGUCGACAACAAAGGUUGUAAUUAAGCAAAAUACAGAGUGGACUGAUGAAGAAAACGAUAUGAGUGCCUACAAUCAAAAAGGUCUUAACUCCAUCUUCACUGCGGUAUCAGCUGAAAAAUUUGAGUUUAUAUGUCAUUGCAAAACCUCAAAGGAGGCUUGGGAUAUUCUGGAAAUUACUCAUGAAGGAAAUGCCACUGUCAGAGAAUCCAAACUUCAACAACUGAUGACUAAGUUUGAAAAUAUGAAGAUGCUGGAAACUGAAAAAUUUGCUGAAUUUUACGCUAGAUUGAGUGUGGUGGUGAAUGCUUGCAGCAACCUUGGUGAUGCAAUUCCUGAACACAGAAUAGUGAAAAAGAUUUUGAGAUCUCUGCCUAUGAUGUAUCACGCCAAGAAGACAGCGAUUGAAGAGUGUAAGAAUUUGAACACUUAUAAACUUACUGAGUUAAUUGGUUCUCUUACCACUUAUGAGAUGGAAUUUCCAGAAAUAAAGAAAAGUAAGGGCAUUGCUCUAAAUACAGUGAAAGAAGAUGGGAGUGACAGUGUGUCAGAAGACAAAAUGGAUUAUGCUUUGCUUACAAAACAAUUUCGUAAGUUUUUGAAAUCUAAGAAUUCAAGGUCUGGUGAACAAAGAGGAAAUUCAGGUUCAAGUACAAGAGGGAGUCGCCCUCGUGAGUUCACUUCUGACAAGUUAUCACAUACAACCAGAACUAUGGAGAGAAAGGGCUCUAAAGAUUCACUGAAGUGCUUUGAAUGUGGUGGAUAUGGACACUUUGCCUCUGAAUGCGCAAAUAAUUUGAGGAAGCAAAAUAGUGGGAAAAAUAAAGUAAUGGCAGCAACUUGGAGUGAUAGUGAGUCUGAUAAUGAUUCAAAUUCAGAAAAUGAAGAUCAAGUUGUUGCUUUCUCUGGGAGAAUUCAUGCGCAAAAGGAUGAGAACUCUGAUGUUGAAGAACCUGAGAUAGAAGUGGUGAUGAAGCAAUUCAAUAGUCUCUAUGAUUCCUCUGAAAAACUGAAGAAGAAAAAUGCAGAGUUUGCUGAUCAAGUGGCUUUUCUACAAGACGAACUAACCAGGACUGAAGCUGCCUUUCAAUCCCAGCUGAAAACAGAAGAAAAUCUGCGUGGGUCUUUGCUUGAAAAAAUUCAGAUGCUCCAAGACAAGUACCAGCUGCAGAAAGAUAUGAAUGUUUCUCUUACUUUCGAAAGGGACCAUGUUAGUGCUGAAUUAAAAUUAGCAACGGAAAAAAUAUUUGGUAUGACCAUUGGUGCAGAGAAGAUUGACAGGAUGUUAAGUCUGGGAAAAAGGGCUGGUGAUACGAGAGGUUUGGGUAUUGAAAGUGAAAAGUCUAAGCAAGAGGUCAAAGCUGUGAAAUUCAUCAAAGAAUUCUCUUCUACUGAAGCGAAUGUUAGCCCAAAGAAAUUUAUACCAAUCUGUCAUUUUUGUGGAGUUUUUGGUCAUAUACGGCCUAGAUGCAAUGUGCUUAGAAAGGAGAAGAGGUCAGCUUACUACUAUUCUCCAAGAAAUUUUAAUCCAUCUCAAAGAACCAAACUAGUGUGGAAAAAAAGAGAGGAAAAGUGCUUGGUGACUUUAAUGGCCUUAUCUGCUAGAAAAUUUGAUACAUGGUAUUUCGAUAGUGGUUGUUCAAGAGAUAUGUCUGGUGAUAAAUGUUGGUUUACAAAUCUGAAUACAGAGUGUGUGGAAGGCUCUGUGACAUUUGGAGAUGGAAGUAAAGGUAAAAUUUUAGGAAAGGAGAUGUUGAGACACUUGGCUUACCAUUCUUGA